AUGCGUCUCGCGAGGGUCCUCGCCGCGGCGACGACGACGUCGUCGUCCUCUGGGGCGUCGCCGUUUCUCGGCGUCCGCGGCGUCGCCGCGGCCGCGGCGUCUUCCGCGUCGUCGUCGUCGUCGACGACGACGACGACGCCCCCCGUGGUGGACGUGUGCAUCGUCGGCGGCGGCGUCGUCGGCACCGCGCUCGCGUGCGUCCUGCGCUCGACGCCGCUGACGUCGCACCUCAGCGUCAUGCUCGCGGACAGGGCGCCGCCGCCGAGCUCGGCGUGGCUCGACGCGAAUCCGUCGCGCCAUCCGGAGCCGAGGGUCAGCGCGCUGACGCCGCUGUCGAUUCGAUUCCUCCGCGACGUCGGCGCGUGGGAUCGCGUCUCCAACGCGCGCGCGCGUCCGUUCAAGACGAUGCAAGUGUGGGACGACGCGUCGAACGGGCACGUGCGGUACGACGCGCGCGAGGUGGGCGAGGACGCCCUCGGCGCGGUCGUGGAGAACGUCGUGAUACACGCCGCGUUGCACGAGGCGGCGACGCGACUGGGCGUGAUCUUUCCUCCGCCUUCGUCGCUCGCGUCGCUCGACCUCGGCGGCGACCCGGGGACGCUCGCGAGCGUCGAGUUCGAGGAGGAGGAGGAGGAGGAGAAGAAGAAGAAGAAGAAGAAGAAGAAGAAGAAGGCUGAGAACGGCGACGGCGGCGGCGGCGCGGACGGCGCGCGCGAGGCGCGGCGUCGCGUCCGCGCGCGGCUCGUCGUCGCCGCGGACGGCGCGUCGUCGCGGACGCGAACGCUCGCGGGCUUGACCGUCGCCGGGUGGUCGUACCACAGGAAAGCCGCGGUCGGGACGGUUCGCACGGCGAUCGCGCACGACACGGCGUGGCAGCGGUUCCUCCCGAACGGUCCGCUGGCGCUGCUGCCGAUCGUUGGGGAGGGGACCGGCGACGGGGAGGGAGGAGGGGACGAGGGUGCGGCGGGCGGCGGCGGCGGCAGCGGCGGCGGCGGCCUGAGCAACGUGGUCUGGACGACGACGAACGAGGACGCGGAUCGUCUGUGCAAACUGUCCGACGAAGACUUCGCCGCGGAGGUGCACGCGGCGCUGCGCUCGGAGGGAAAGUACGCGGUGAAGACGUCGCCGGCGUGGGGGUCGGACGCCGCCGCCGCCGACGCCGACGCCGACGACGGCGGCGGCGCGGAAAACGUCGGACGCUCGGACUUCGACCGGCUUCAGACGUCGUUCGUGGACAGCCUCCUGAGACCGGCGUCGAAGCUCGCGCUGCGCGGCGUCGGCGUCGCCGCCGCGUCCCCCGCGCCGGCGUUCGAGCUCCCGCCCGCGGUCGUCGGCGCGAGCGGCGCGCGCGGCGCGUUCCCGCUCGCGACGCGGCUGGCCGGGCGGUACUCGCUUCGCCGGCUCGCGCUCGUCGGCGAUGCCGCGCAUCAGGCGCGUUCUAUCUCACACUGGUCCCCAUACGACCGCGUCGGCGUGGUCCAUCCGCUCGGCGGCCAGGGCGUCAACCUGGGGAUCCGCGACGCGCGGCUGUUAUCCGACGCGCUCGCGGCGGCGGCGGCCGUCGGCGGCGACGUCGGCGCGGAGUCCACGCUCCGGAAGUACGCGAAGGACGCGUCGGGCGCCAACGCGCCGAUGAUGGCGGCGUUGGACGCGUUACACCGACUCUUCUCCGCGCGGAGCCCGGCGAUCGCGUUCGGGAGAGGGAUCGGACUCGCGGGGGUGAACGCGUUCGCGCCCGCGAGGAAGAUGAUCGCGAGAUACGCGAUGGGAGGGGCGUGA